AUGCUCAAAAAAGAAGAUGUAGAAACACCUGUAACCAUGCUCCCGCCAUCUCCUGGUGUUUGUCUGCUCUAUAUCGAUCCUCUUUCGCCCGAAGAUUACCUGGAAAAUUUUGCAGAAGGUGACUUGGCCGAAAGCUAUAGAAGCAUUUGUUGCACGACCCCUUCAGCUUUCCGGGGGAGCUGGCAGCUUCUUCUUGGGGGGAGGAGCGACAGCGUGGAGGAGCUUCUCGCCGCGCUAGGUAUUGGAGUCCUCAAGAGAAAGGUCAUGGCCUCCUACGCCAGUGUAACUGACGUUCAGCCCAUCGAAGGUUCAAAGACGUCGUCUGGGGAUGCCAGUUCGUCAUAUCCCACGUUUCAACUCACCACACACCUGCCCCUCAAAAACACCAAGCAGGGGAUAUUCUGUUUCGAUGGCAGCUGCAGCGAAUUGCAGGACGCCGACACCGGCGCAUGGGAGACGCGCUGCGUCUGGCUAAACGGCCGAGCCAUUCAGAAGCGUUGGGGUCCUAAGGGGGUGAUGUGGGAUACGCGCUGUGUUUUCUCUACCGAUCCCUUCGAAGCAAACCCCUUAGAAGGGCUCAUAAUGCUCUUCCAGUGGACUUUUCAGCCCACGGGCAAGGAGCCCAUCAAAUGCAUGCGUUGGCUGAAAAAGCUUUGA